GCUUUCCCUUCUACCUUCAUAUUUUCUCUCUCUCCACUGCUAAGUGAUAUUGUUGAUUUGAUCUUGUGCACAGAGCUAUAGGUAUGAUGAGUGUAUGAGUUCAAUGGCCAUGUUAUGUCCAGAAAAUAUUUCAUAGCAUUUUCUCCAUCCUUUGGUGCUUAUAUUCUUUCAAUCAUUACUCCUUAAUGUUUCCUAAGCCUUGAGGAGGGAGUUGAGAGCAAUGUCUCAUUUAGGACUGGGAACUCAAAAGACACUUAUUCUCAGCACUUUGACCAUUUAUUGUUCCUGCAUUAACAGCUGCCUACUGCAGAGAGAGGCUUUUAUAGUCAAGGUCAAGAGCAGCAUUAAUCUAUAGGUGUAAACAUAAAUAUUUAGAAGGCAGUUCAGCAACAUAGCUAUUUACUAAAACAACAGUGUGUAUGUUCCCCCUAGAGCUUGUUACCUUUGGUAUCAAGGGUUCUUGAAUACUUCCUCAGGCACAUGGCUUACAAAAGACUAUAUCCAUCCUUUCUAUCUUUUACUCACUAAAGUCAGGCUUAGAUGAGGGUUCAAAAUGCUUGUUGGAACAGCAAGUGAGUAGAGGCUUCACUCUAAUCCUCAUUUCAAAAUGUACUAUUCAAUUCCAUUCCGGGGAUAAAAGAGGAUAAAAGGGGAUAAAAACUCAUACUCUGGCUCUCCCCGCCCAUCUCACUCUAGCCAGAUGGGGAGGUAGGUAGAGCUGUGAUCCCUCUACCGUCUUAGUAGAGAUUUUCCAUGAGCUAUCACAGAUCUGUCACAGGGGACUGAGGGAGAGGCCAAGAGAGGCAGGAAGAGUUGACAGAGGAUUGAAACAAUCAGGAAGCUGGGCUGCUUGCUGCAGGGGAGCAGGAAGGAGGGGCCAUCUUGACAUCAGAGUUUGGUGAACUCUACCUUCCCCUAUGCAGUUUCCCAUGGGCCCUGCCUGCAUCUUCUUGAGAAAAGGCAUUGCUGAGAAGCAGCGGGUGAGGUGGGGAUGAUGUAGAAGGGUGGCAGGAAGAGCAAGAGGACCUAGAGCAUGGGGAAAAGGAAGCAGUAUGCAAGUGCUGAGCAAUAAGGGGAGCAAGUGUAGAGAGCCUGAACUGAGCUGAGGUAGCACUGUAUGUCACAAGAGUCAGUGAUCAGAAGUCAGGAGCAAAGGGGGAUGGUGGAGUUAGACAAAUGGAAAAGGGAGGUGGGAUGGAACUAUUGUUAGUAACAUUGUUUUAUAUGGGAAAUCAUGCACUAAUGAUAUUGAUGAUGGAAAUGGUGAUUUCUAUGCUGCUGCUUUUGACAAUGCUGCUGGUGAUGGUGGUGAUGAUGUUGGUGAUGACGGUGGGUGAUAGUGAUAGCAAGAUAGUGAUGGUGCUGCUGUUGCUUUUGAUGAUGGUUAGGAUGGUGCUGAUGAUGGUAUUAACAAUAGCUCAUUAAGUCUUGCUGUGUGCCUAGCCCUGUGCAAAGGGUUUACAUGCUUGAUGGCAUUUAGUCCUCAGGACAGCAUAUGAGGUUGAGUAUAAUUUCAUUCCUAUUUUAUGAGGGAGUAAACUGAGGCCAUUAAGUCAUGGAGUAUUUUGCUUCAAGCCUAUACAGUAAGUGAGUGACACUAUUUUAUUUAUUUAUUUGUUCACUUAUUUAUUUACUUAUUCAGUCGUGUUUGAUUCUUAGGAGCAUGUUCUUUAAAAUCACCAGAAAUGGUAAGGAAAGAAAGAAGAGGGGAGCAGAGGAAGGAUAGAAGAUAGAAGGGAAGAGAAGAGAGAGAACACUUACCAGGGAGAGGCAAGGCAGAGCACAGAAGAGAAGACAGAAGAAAGAAAGUAAAGGGAAGAUAGGGGGAGGGAGACGAAAGAGAGAUGAGGAAAGAUAAGAGAUUGAGUGGGAAGAAAAUAAAGAGACUCUGAAGUGAGAAGGUCUUCAUGAAUAAGGUUGAUAAGGAGUAAAUUCCCAGGCACUAUGCCUACUAACUAAGCUUACCCUUAGGUGUACCCAUGAGUAGGGAACAAUGACCAGCAAUUCUUAGAUGUGAGACUGACACUGAAUAUUCUUCAUGAAUCUCCCUGUACACUGGUCUCACAUAAGGGGAUGCUCAUCCUGGGGAUGAGGAUGAAUGGGCUAGAGUCAGUGGGAUGUAGCAGAAAGAAUUUGGCAUGGUAAUCAGGAGUCCUACAUCCUACUCCCAGUCCUGUGUUUGACCUCUGAGUGACUUAAAACGUGCAUGUAUGUCAAAAAAGCAGAAGAGGGUAUUAUUUCAUGGAAGAAACAGGGACUGGGAAGAGAAGAACAUGUGCUAGAUGUGGUGAUGGUGCCAAAGACAGCAAAGUACAUUGACACAGAUGUGUGACAAUGUCACAAUAUAAAACCAUUUUUUUUUUGUUAAAAAAUUCAUUUUUAUAAGGAUGAAGUGGCUGUGUAUGUAUCUUAGCUAGAAGAGUUUAUCCAGCCCAUAUGAGGUCCUGGGUUCAAUUCCCAGCAACAUACCAAUUGGGUAUGGUAGAACAUAUGUUUAAUCCCAGUACCUGGGAGAUGGAGGCAGGAGCAUCAGAAGUCAUUCUUGGCUAUUAGGCUGAGCUACAUGAGAUCUGUAUCAAUCAAUAAAUAAUAGAAUAAAUAAAUAAUGGCUAGUGAGAUAGCUUAAGCAGGUAAAGGCACCUGUUGCUAAGUCUGCUGAAUCACCAUCAUCAGGAUGGUUGAAGGAAAGAACCAAUUGCCUCAAAUUGUCUUUUGACACCUCACAAGUACUUGGCAAGUGCUUGCAUUUCAAAAUGAUUAAAUAAACAAAUAAAUAAAAGAAAAAUAGGACUAAUUAAUAAGGGCUAUAUUCUAUUUAUGAGCUGUGUAAUUUUGGUAGUUUCAUUAAUUUCUCUGUUAUCCAACUUCUCAUGGGAAAGAUGAGACUAUCUGAACCAACCACACUGAUGUGAUUCUAAGGCUUAAGUAUAAUGAAAGGGCUUGCCACAGGCAUUCGUCUGAACACAGCAGAAGAGACGUAUUUUGCUUUCUUCCUCUGGAGAAGAGGUUAUGACUCCAUGAUGUUUAGGACAGAGAGGUGGAGUUUAAAAUGCAAAGGUAGGAGACAGAAAAUGAGAUGGGAAUGGGAGAAAAGGGUGGUCAGAGAAUAGCUGGGGAUGGGAGUUGGAACAACGGGCUCAUUUGGGGAAAUGGGUAUAGGAUUUCUGACCUUUUCAAUCUCCUCUUCUUGUGUUCCUUCCAGGAGAGACCACUGGGACAGGAUGAGAUUGAUGAGCUCCGGGAAGCAUUUCUUGAAUUUGACAAGGACCGAGAUGGGUUCAUCUCCUACAAGGAUUUGGGCAAUCUCAUGAGAACGAUGGGUUACAUGCCUACAGAGAUGGAGUUGACUGAGUUGGGCCAGCAAAUCCGAAUGAACCUUGGUGGCCGUGUAGACUUUGAAGACUUUGUGGAACUGAUGACCCCCAAAUUGCUUGCAGAGACAGCAGGGAUGAUUGGUGUCCAGGAAAUGCGAGAUGCCUUCAAGGAAUUUGAUGCCAACGGAGAUGGGGAGAUCACACUGGCAGAGCUGCAGCAGGCCAUGCAGAGGUUGCUAGGGGAGAAACUCACACCCCGAGAGAUUGCUGAGGUAGUGCAGGAAGCUGACAUCAAUGGAGAUGGUACGGUUGACUUUGAAGAGUUUGUGAAGAUGAUGUCUCGUUGAAGAAGUAAUGGGAGCUCCAGACACAUGCUGCCUUGUGAACACGGGUCAAACACUUGUAGAGGACUGGAUGCUCACGAGCCCCUAAAGGAUAGAGGAUGGGAGUGGACUUGCCACUGUGUGGACUGGGGUGUAACUGCAAAUAGUUGCUUUGUUUCUUGGGAAGAGAGACAUGCAUAGAAUUGAAUUUAGAAUGAAGACUCUAUGUACAUAAAUAUGAAUUAUACUAGGAUCCAGUGCUACUCAAACAUCCCAGAGGCGAUGGCAUCUUUCUCUAAUUCUGUGUUUCCCACCAGAUUCUCCUUCCAUGCCUCCCUUAAGAAAAGUUGGUGUGGGAAACUUUUUCAUAGUCUGAAAGAAAAAAAGAAAAUCUUUCAAAAAGUUCCACACACAACCUACCUUUUCCGUGGCUACUCUACCAACAACUCAGUUUCCUUCUCUUGGCAAGAGAAUGUCCUACCAGUCACAGGGUUAUAAUGGGAAUCCUGCUAACACCUUGGAAAUGCCCCAGGAAGAAGGUGUUCAAGGUUGAGUUUUUCUACUUUCCCAGAAGCUCAGUCCAUUGCUUCCCUGUAAACACCCAUGUCCCCUUAGGGUGAGAUAACCUGGGGGAACUCAGCUAAACAACAAAUCUAGAUUAUCAAGGUUUAAAGAAAGCUGAUCCCUAGGGGUACUUAAUCCCCUGAAAAAUAUCAAGAGUGAAAGAGGUGGGGGGGGAUCCCCCAAUCCCUAGCUUAGCCAGGUGGUUAGAAAUUGCAAUGCUAUUUCCAGAAGCUCCUGUACUGAUCUGCCUUGGGCCACUCCAGGUAAGUCUCUACCUUAGGUGGUUUGUGGAUUCCAUCCCUCACAUACCAACAUGGAUCUAGAGACUUCAGCCACCUUACCCUCAAGAUAAAAAAAAUUUGUGCCAUGCCUUUCUCCAGGCUUCUCUUGCCUUGAUGUCCAUUAUGGUAGAACUGCAGACUAUGUCAUUUGAUCUCUGGUCAAAUAGCCUCAAUUUAUAUGACUGAAAUAAAGUAAAUUUAUUUA